CACCACAUAAUUUAUUUAUAACAUAUUUCUUUCCGCAAAAACAGAGAUGUUUCUUCUAAUUUAUGAAACUAUUUUUUAAUUCAACAAAAGAAUUUACUAAAAAAAAAAAACUAAAUUUACCCAUAAAAAAUUCAAUUAAUCCCCCAUAAAUGAAAAAAAAAAAAAUCAUUUCCGGCCCAGAAAUUUACAAAUGUGACCGACGAUUCAGAAUCAAGUUUCAUGGGAGUUACCGUUUCCGUUGGAUUGAUUCAAUCGUCGGUCGCCAUCUCCGAUUAACACAAAUUCGAUCAUUAAUCCCUUGUUUUUUCUUCGAUGAUGUUCGUUUUGAUUUUUCCCACCAGAUGAUCGGAAGAACACCAUCAAAAUCGAUUUGGAUUUUGUCGGUCUGAGCUUCAACUUCGAGUUCCUCUGUUCAUUUAUAGUUCAAAAGGCUAUGAAAUUGAGUGGAUGGCUUUAAGAGAAGGGGAUCUCACCAUUGAUCUGGAAAGCGGGGCGAAGAUUGUUAAAGAGGAGGCUGGAAAUGUGGAGCCAAGUUCAAUCAAACGAGAGGUGAAGAACAUUUUUUGGGGUAGGUUGACAGAGGAUACACUGCCACGAGACGAACGAGCUGCAGCCUCGAGCAGUUACGUUGCCAAUAUCAUCCGUGAUGCGAGCAUAAAAUUGUUGAUAGAUAAGAAUUUGAAAGGAGAAGAGGGUCGUCGUGAAGUCGUUGCUAAUGUCGAGAAGAAGAAUGAUAGAGGGAAGCAUAAUAACAAGAAAAAGGCUCCGAAGCCACCUCGACCGCCCAAGGGACCUUCACUCGACGCUGCUGACCAAAUGCUGGUCAAGGAAAUCGCCGAGCUUGCCAUGAAAAAACGAUCGAGAAUCGAGCGAAUGAAAGUGUUGAAGAAGGCAAAAGCUGAGAAAACAUCUUCUUGCAAUACUUACAUACCAGCUUUGAUUAUCACAUGCCUCUUCUUCCUUGUAGUAAUCGUUCAAAGUAAGCAAGUCCUGCUUGAUGUUGAAACUACGAACCGCUUCGAUGUCCUUAUGUUUUUAAGGAUGUUUUGUUCGUGUUUGUCUACAGUUAUAAGCUCUAGAAGCAGUUCAUUGUUCCAGGGGUCGCCCGAACCAGCCGUUGGUGGUAGUAGCGGUUUCAUUUCGGUUCAGUACAUUAUGAACUUUCCCAGAAAUGAAAGCUAUAUACCCAAUUCCACCACCUCUGUUAAGUGAGUACUUGUUGUUGAUGCAGCCCUGCUGCUGCAUAGCUCGUGUCUGAUUUUGUUCCUCUAGAAAAGGCUGGCAUGGUGGCUCCUAUGGCCUUCAUUUUUUAGUACUACACUUUUGUGUCUUUUCAAGAAACAUCCCAUUUUUGUAAUCAAACCCUUUUGUAUUUUGAUUUGAUGUUGAUGAGUUGAAUUAUGAACGUUUUUCCUCUCGGUUUCGAUACCGAACCGGAAGAAUUAUGA